AUGGCCGAAUACUGGAAGUCCACACCAAACUACUGGUGCAAGUUCUGCUCUCAAUACGUCCGCGACACACCCUUCGAGCGCAAGAACCACGAAACCAGCGGCAAGCACCAGAACAACAUCCAGCGCUCGUUGCGGAACCUACACAAGGACAAGGAGCGAGAGGCGCGAGACCAGCAGCGGGCGAAGGAUGAGGUUGCAAGACUGAAUGGGCUGGUCGGAGGAAAGAAGGCAUCAAGCGUAUCGCCCGGACCUCAGAUCAAAGGCUUGAAGGAUGUCACGCCCUCGGCUUCUGCUGGACGGCAGUUAUCUGAAAGCGAGCGAGCGGCCCAGCGAAAGGCUCAUGCGGAACAGCUACUGGCUCUUGGAGUUCAGUUGCCCGAGGAGCUGAAGCGGGAGGUACAGGGUGUUGGCGGCUGGCAGACGGUAUCUCAGACCGUGGUGGAGGAUGAGGUCAAGCCGGAGCGGAGCCUGGCGGAUAUCAUGAAGUGGGAGCAAGACGCGGAGGCUGAGAGUAAGCUAGGAAUUAAGGUCGAAGAGGGGCAGAGCAGGGGUGUAAGGAAACGGAAGAUGGAGGACGAGGAGGAUGUGAGGGAUGAGGAGGCAGCACCGAAGGAGCGGAAGCUUUGGGGCAGCAGUAUGCGGCGGUAUCCCGGCGCUGAAGUUGAAGAAGAAGGGGACGGCGAGGAUCUGGAUGCUCUGCUAAGCGGAGUCAAGCGGAAGAAGCAGGACGAAACGGCAUUGAAGGCUGAAAGGGGGCUUAAGAAGGAGGAGUCGAACGGGGAAAAGCCGCUGGACACCAUCCCAGAAAUUGAUGCGCCAUUGGCAGCGAUCAAACAAGAGGACGAGGGCGGGGAAGACACAGCAGCACCUGUAGUGUUCAAGAAGCGGAAGGGGAAGAAGUGA